GUGCGUGGCAACCGCGUCUAUAUAGACUGGUAUUACUCGAAAGAAGGGGCUUAUCACAAUCGCGGUGGCUAUGUCGCAUUGCUGCAAUUGGAGUAUGAAACGACGGCGAUGCAAACCUUGCGCAACGAAUUCGUCACUGACGGACAGAGAAAACUGGACGAGAACAGUGAGAAAAUAGUCGGGCAAUUUAUGUUGAAACGAAUAGAAGCUACUAUGUAUCAUUUCUAUCUCUACUCCCGUUCAUUUCGUCUUCUAUUUUCUAUUGACGAGGAUAGGAGCUCCACGACCACAAAUUCAAUCGGGUAGUUUUCGAUUCGUGGACGAAAGAUACGAUUUAAUUUAUGAAGAUAGUGGGUUUUGGCUUCAUACAGUUUGGCGUCAUCUUGGUGAAGAACGACAAGAAAGCUGGAGAAGAGCAACAAAAUGCAGCACCCGAAGUGUCGCAAGAAAUGAGUUUGAAAAAUUUCGGACUCGCAAGCUUAGUGAACCAUCCAGAGACGGCUGCCUGUAUCAUCGACUUUGUAACGUACAAUGCGGAGCACAACGCUUUCACCUAUGUGGUUGCGCAAUUCACGAUGACCAGUGCGGGAACACUCGGGUCGAAGAAAUUAGAUGUGGAUACAAUACUGCUGAACAAAGCUGGACCUUGGGUAGACUUGUUGGAUCUGGUGGUGCUGAUAGCGGGUGUCUUUUACACGUUGGUGUUAUGGCAAUAUCAUUUUUCUUUUUGUGCAUUGGCACUCAGGGUGUGAGAACAAAGGGACGACUGACUGGGCAGCACCGCGUAUACACCUGUAGCACCAAUUACCCAGGAUCAACCUUAUGUCUCACGAAAAGAGUCUCUAAAUCUCUUCAUCCAGCACCUAAAAAACGAAUUGCGGAAGGCAGAAAAUGUACUAGGGAUCUUUUUGAAGAAGCUGUUUGGCGAUGGGUGGAAUUGGGUGGAAGCUAUUGCUUUGUUUGGCAUAUACGGUUCCAUUUUCGUCUAUCAGUCUGCACGCAUGCACUUGGACACAGUGUGCAGGCUUGCAGGGUGUGACACUUUGAAUUAUGAGAUGCUGACUUAUUGUUUUGAAGUAACGCGUACCGUGAAAGUGGAUCCUUAGUUGAUCAUCUUCUUGCUUGAAUGUCGCUGCAGUAAAUUGCAGAGCACUUCCGGUACUAGAGUGUUUCUAAGUACUUGCUUGAGCAGCAAUCUCUUGGAGGGGAAAUCGGGAUAAGUCUCCAGCUCUAAUCUGCACUCACCGCCGACCGUUGGGGCACGCCCUUUGUGACCCCAAAUGUUAGUGUACAGGCGAUUGUGAACUUAAGGGUUACCACAUUGCAUUCUUCACUACCUCCAUCCUUGACUUUUUCUCCAGUAAAGGAAAAGGGUCACCAGGGAUGAUCUGCGGAAUGCAAUGUCGCAACGCAACCACCUCUAAUAAACACAGUAGCACAGGUGCAGAGCUACGACCGAAUUUCAGGAGUAACGAUGCUCUUCCUCUUCGUCAGGAUACUUCGCAGUCUGAAAGACGCAGUGCAAAGAAUAGAACUUUUGGACACCACUUUACAGAUAGCCCUUCCUGCGAUGUUGCGGUAUCUUGCCUUCACGGGGAUCAUUUUCUUCGGCUUCGUGAAUAUGGCUGCCUUGAGUUUCGUGUCGUAUACGCAUGAAUUCUCGGAUCAUCCUAGUACGGCAGCUACACUUCUCUUGAUGGUCCUAGGCAAAUUCGACGUGAUGGCGAAAGUGGAAGACUCGCCGCUUGCAUUGGCGUUUUUCGUGCCUUUUAUUUAUGGCAGGAGUGAUGUUGAAGCGAAAUUUUUUAGAUGUGGAAGCAGAACGAGAACUGAAACAAGUUAAUGAGAAGUACCAACACUUGUAGUUGCUCCUGCAACAACUAGCGAUCACACGCAGAGGACCACUAAUUGCUCUAACACCCGCUCUUUUUCUACGUCAUCUCCUUGCAGAUGUUCAACGCUAUUGUGAAUCAGAGUUACAAUAAGGCUUGCGUCGACUUGCAGAGGCAGUUCGAGUACGAGAAUAUUGCGAAGGCGAACGACACCAGUCCCAAAGGUCUCAAAGGACUGAUCAUGAUGGCGGUUUAUGAAGCCAUGUUGGAUACCAUGAGUAAUCACUAAACGUCACGUAGAAGAAAUCACGCUGCUGGCAGACCACGAUCUAGUUGAAGCUGCUGUGUUGAUUUCUGGUAGUCUGCUCGUCGGUUAUGACUUGUCGUGGUAAAGUGGGGGUGAACUACUAGAAGGUUCAAGCAGUACAAGGUAUCAAGCUACAACUGGCAGACCACUAUCAUUUUCUCGCAAUUUAAGCUUCUCUAACCCGCGCAGGGUGCUCGCAAAAUGGCUACUAGUAGUGUCAGUAAAGCUGCUGGCUAUAGGAAGAAAUCAUCUUUGACUCAACUUGCCGGUUUGGCGGAUAAGAAAGGUGGAAAGAGGAAGAAAAGCGGCGAUGUUGCUAAAUCCGACAGUCGAAAAGAAGGUAGUCGUAAAGAGAGCAGUCGAAAAAAGGAUAGCGGAUCUGGUGCAGCCGAAGUAGCACAGGCUGAGCAAAUCGUCCCUGCCACCGCACAACAACACGGUUUUUUCGAACAUACUGGUUUGCAGAAUUUGGAUAACGACACGAAGAAAGUCGUUCUGGCUUAUCUGAGUGAGGACAAGGAAGGCGCAAAAACGGUAAGCAACAUGGACAUCGUUCUCUACUUCGUCUUCGCCGUCAGCUACAUCUACUUCGUCAAGUCCUUUGUGAACGUUGGUGUGGGUUCAGGCCUCAAAUCCUCUAUCUCCUACGCGCUGCGGAACGAGACAGCAGGAAUUACCUACGCAGAUGGCAAGCCCUUGUUCAAAACAUUAGACGAUCUACGAAGCCUAGAGGAUUUAGAGGAGUGGACGCGAGUUCUAUUUCCGCAAAUAGUAUUCCAGAAUGUGCCAGCUCCUUUGGCGUAUAAUCCUACAGUGCCGUCUACGACGAUUGCGGUGGAUAAUUCUGAUUAUGGCCCUUGACGAGUGAAAAGAAGAACGAAAUUUAAAGUCUUUCACUUGUGAAGAUCAUGCGUAGACGCAAUGCUCAGACGGGACCGCUUGUUUCUACGUGGAAGAAAGAUCGAACUUUUCCAUGUGACAGAUUAUGUAGUCUACUGUCAGCGUCUUGUGGCUAUUAGGAACGAAGAAGAAAGAACGCACAACAUCAGUUCUCUAUGGUUUUCCUCUAACUACCAGACACGCCGUCCAACUACCAAUCCAAAGCUAGCGCACGAUUGGUGAAAAACUUUGAAGUCGUAAAUGGAAUGGCUCCUUUAGAAGCUGCCGUGGCCGUAGACAGUGAUACGCGGAAUUCGCUUUGUCUCAAUGGGUGGAACUGUGUCUAUGGUCGUUGGUGAAGAUGUAGCUUGAAGGUGAUUGCUCGAGUCGAUAAUUUGGUGUAACUACACUACAACAUGGCUUGGAGGAUGUUAUAUUGCUAUAAUGCUUCGAUAUGAUUUCAACGUCAUGACUGCACCUUACAAAAAAAUAUUAUUCAUUCUCCCCUAACACGACCCCUAACCCGUAACCCCUAACCCGUGGACCUGUACUUGACCUUCCUCUAAUCGUAACUGCAUUAUUCAUUCGCCCCUAACCACCCGUAACCCCUAACCCGUGGACCUGUACUUGACCUCUAAUCGUAACUGCAUUAUUCAUUCGCCCCUAACCACCCGUAACCCCUAACCCGUGGACCUGUACUUGACCUUCCUCUAAUCGUAACUGCAAUCCAAGUUCUCCUUUGCCCGCAUGUACGUCUACGAAACGAAGCGCGAGCCUGGCGCUACACCGUUUGUAGACGGAGAACUGUCAACGGCUAGACAAAACGCGUUGACUGGAGCUUGCGUCUACGAGUCAGCUGGAUCUAAUCUGUGUCAAGCGGGAUUCGCAAGCUUUCCCUUUUGUUUCUACAGGGUGUUGGGGG